AUGAAAUCAUUUUCUAAGAUCAAAAUUACGAUUUUAAUUUUAAUCUUUCUUUCAUGCCAAUUUGUUAUUGGUUCACCUGUUUUUCAAAAACCAACCAAAGAGUUAACCAAACAACUCACUGAUGAGGAUACAAAACACAAUGAGGUUAAGGAUGAUGAAGAAUAUGAUUGGAUUAAUGAAGAAAACUUUGAUAUUUAUAUGACUACGGUAGAACUUUCAAAUAUUGAAAUGUUAGAAUUCCAAUUACCUGAAGUUCAAUUUCCUGAAAUUCAAUCUACUGAAGUUCAAUCUGCUGAAAUUCAAUUCGAACCAAUUCUUGAAAAAAUUCGAGAAGCUUUUGGGUUUAUUGGUGGUUUAGGCACUUGUUUUGUAGGAGUUUGUAGAUUAUUAGGAUGCGGUGCUGCUGAGGAAGAUGAAGGAGCUUGUGUGAUCAUAUUGCGGUCUCUUGGUGCUAUAGGCGCAGGUGCACUUAAAUUAUUACCACUAGUAAUAAUAGUGGUAGGAUCCACGAUGUUAUAUCUUUAUGUAACUGGCAAAAAAGAUGAUGAAAAUUUGACUAUAUAG